GACCCGGCUGGGGCUGACGGCUCCUGCGAGGAAAGGCAAGUCCCGCACUACGGGCCCUGUUAUUAGUGCCUGGGAGGGCGGCGGCGCCUCUCCUGGGCGAGUGCAGCUGACUCUCCAGCAGCGGCAGAAGGUGGCCUAAGCGAUAAGCGCCUCACUAACGCGGGGGAGCGCGCAGCUCCCGCCUCCAGCGUCUCAGGGGCAGGGCCGGUGGCGGCCGGUGCGGUGCUGCCCAUGCCCGCUAGGGGCGCGGCGCGGCGCAGGGAGGCCCGGCUGCUGCUCCCUCCCCCGGGCCCGGAGCGGCGCGCGGCUCGCGGCAGCAUGUGGGGCUCGCGGGCCGGCCCGGGGCCCCGAUGGCGCCAGCUCCGAGCGAUCGCACGCGGCGGGGCCGAGCGGCGGAGCGCUGCGAGCGGCGGCGGAGCUGAGGCCGGCGCGGGCGCUCUGCUCCCGGGCGGCCCCGGGGGCCGGGCCCUGCACGGGUCCGCCGCCCUCUGCGGCUCCAAGAACCUGCUCAAGAAAUUCGCCUCGAAAACCAAAAAGAAGUUUUGGUAUGACAGUCCUACAGUGGGGUCUCAUUUGGUGUACAAACCAUCUAAGUUGGCCACUAUACUAAAGGCUACUCAGCAGAAAACUAGGAAAGAAGACAGCAUACGCAAAAAGGUCCUAAACGUCCUCUUGUAUAAAGCUGUGACAGACUUGAUGAGCACCUGUGAAGUCAGUCAAGAGGUUUGUGACCUUAAGCUGGAACUCACCAAGGUAUCCCUGUCACCAGACUUUUCAGCAUGUCGUGUGUACUGGAACCCUGCUGAAAGUGCAGAGGAUGAUCGUAUUGAAAGUAUUUUACAGAAAAGUGCCCCACGUAUAAGACAUCUUUUGAUUACCCAUCAGGUCCUGAGAACUGUUCCUCCAAUUGUGUUUGUUAAAGACAAAGAAGCUGCAGCAUUAAAAGAGAUUGAUAGGUUAUUGGCAAUUGCUGAUUUUGGACCUCAGGAAGAAAAAUACACAUUGGCUGAAAACGACUUUAGUGAAUCAUCUUCUGAGAUGGCAGCUUCGUCCAUCCCAGCUAAUCUUUUUGGGAUCGAUCAUGAAGUGCUCAAUAAGCAAAUAAUGGAGUACAAAAAAAUGAAAAAGGUGAAGGACACAGAAGGCAUUGGGUGGGCAGAACAGCAGCAGGUGCAGCUGGCUGAGAUACAAAAACAAAAGAAAAUGAAAAAGAAGAAAAUAAGGGAUCCCUUUGAGAAUGAUAUCACACCACAGAAAUAUCUGCUGGACAAAUAUAGUGAAGAUUCUUUGGAUGGUGACAUUACACCUUCUCAAGAUAGCGAACUGGAGUAUGAAUUACAGGAAGUGGUAGAUGAACUAGAGGUAGAUGAUGACAAAAAUCAAUCUACUACCAAACUUAAGUGAAACUAAAAAGCCUUUUUUAAAAAAAAUAAAAACUGUUGGUAAUUAA